CCCUCGGUCAGCCCGCGCGUCGGUCCCCGCGCGGCCGCCAUGACCUGGAGCGCCACGGCCCGGGGCGCCCACCAGCCCGACAACACCGCCUUCACGCAGCAGCGCCUCCCAGCCUGGCAGCCGCUGCUGUCGGCCAGCAUCGCGCUGCCGCUCUUCUUCUGCGCGGGCCUGGCCUUCAUUGGCCUGGGCCUGGGCCUCUACUACUCCUCCAACGGCAUCAAGGAGCUGGAGUACGACUACACCGGCGACUCGGACACCGGCAACUGCUCGGUGUGCGCCGCGGCCGGCCAGGGCCGCGCGCCGCCGCCCCCCUGCUCGUGCGCCUGGUACUUCUCGCUGCCCGAGCUCUUCCAGGGCCCUGUGUACCUCUACUACGAGCUAACCAACUUCUACCAGAACAACCGGCGCUACAGCGUGUCCCGCGACGACGCGCAGCUGAGCGGGCUGCCCAGCGCGCUACGCCACCCGGUCAACGAGUGCGCCCCCUACCAGCUCAGCGCGGCCGGCCUGCCCAUCGCCCCCUGCGGCGCCAUCGCCAACAGCCUCUUCAACGACUCCUUCUCGCUUUGGCACCAGCGCCUGCCAGGCGGGCUCUACGUCGAGGUGCCGCUCGACCGCUCCGGCAUCGCCUGGUGGACCGACUACCACGUCAAGUUCCGCAACCCGCCGCUGGUCAACGGCAGCCUGGCGCUGGCCUUCCAGGGCACGGCGCCCCCGCCUAACUGGCGCCGGCCGGUCUACGAGCUCAGCCCCGACCCGAACAACACCGGUUUCAUCAACCAGGACUUCGUGGUGUGGAUGCGCACGGCGGCGCUGCCCACGUUCCGCAAGCUGUACGCGCGCAUCCGCCAGGGCAACUACUCGGCCGGGCUGCCGCGGGGCGCCUACCGCGUCAACAUCACCUACAACUACCCGGUGCGCGCGUUCGGCGGCCACAAGCUCCUUAUCUUCAGCAGCAUCUCAUGGAUGGGUGGCAAGAACCCCUUCCUUGGCAUCGCCUACCUGGUCGUCGGCUCACUCUGCAUCCUCACCGGCUUUGUCAUGCUGAUCAUCUACAUUCGCUACCAGGACCAGGACGACGACGAUGAGGAGUGAUUCCAGCUUUCCAGGGAUCCUUCCUGCUUCUUGCCAAAACUCUUGCGAGCUUCUUUGGGCAUCUCCUCCUCCCUCCUCACCCAAUUCCAACCUCUCCUCUCUUUUCAUCCCUUUGUGAAUGAGGGGACCAGAGAAGGGAAUUAUCCCCUUGCUCUUGGGGGGCUCGCUAGACUGUCUUGCCGCGGGGAGGGAUGUUGACUGCAGAGUGAAACAUCCUUGCAAACUCUUCCCACCUCCACGACACCGGGUUGCCAUGUUAGGUUCUUCAAGUCUGAGAAUGGAAGGGAUGCCUAUGGAGACUCCUGUUCAACCCCUGUUAGAAGAAGAGAUUGAGAGACCUAGCAAUGUGAAGUAACUAAGAUCAGGCAGCUGCAAGUGACUCCUGACUCUUGAGUCCAGAGCUUUUGCCACUACAGUACUGUGGUUUUCUUUUCUUUGGUGGGGGGAGUGGGUUGGAAUGGAGAGUGAGGCCCACAAAUUACCUGCAGAGAUGUGGAAGCGUGAGGGAGAACAUGCUUGUUAAAUAUGCAGGUAGAUUAGGAGACACCAACCAAAGAUUCAGUCACAGUAAGGCUGGAAU